UAAACUACUUUCAUGUUAAGUAUUAUUUUGAUUUCACUUUUCAUGUGGGUGGGUCUCUCCAAUAUAAUCCCUUCUUAAAAAUGGAUACCUUAUUCACAUUUCUUACCCUUGAACAACAACAACAAUCUGAUCUGUCCUUCAACACUACCACCACCACCUCUCGCUCUAACUAUUCCAAUUCACAUCUUCAUCAUCAUCAAGAUCAACAAGUGGCUGCAGAAGAAUGCUUCAACAUUUUCAUGGAUGAAGAAGACUUCUCUUCUUCCUCCUCCUCUAAGCAAACUUACUACAACAACCCUAACUACCACCAAUAUCCAACUACCUCCACCCCUCCGCCGCCCUACCACCACCACCACUACGAUUCCCCCGCUCGUGACAUCAUUAACGAUUACACCCCUUCUUUCUCCACCGGUAAGUGGGCAUCCGAUGUUUUGUUGGACGCCGCCCGUGCCACUGCAGAUAAAAACAGUGGCCGCGUCCAGCAGCUCAUGUGGAUGCUUAACGAGAUAAGCUCUCCUUACGGCGAUGUGGAUCAAAAACUCGCAGCAUACUUCCUCCAAGCCCUUUUCAGUCGAAUGACCGACUCCGGCGAACGAACUCUUAAAACUUUAACAUCGGCCACUGAGAAAAACUCUUCUUUCGAGUCAACUAGAAAGACCGUACUCAGGUUUCAGGAGGUCAGCGCUUGGACCACCUUCGGUCACGUUGCCUGCAAUGGUGCAAUCAUAGAAGCCCUAGAAGGGGAGCCGAAGAUUCACAUAGUUGACAUGAGUAACACUUAUUGUACUCAAUGGCCUACUCUCCUAGAAGCCCUAGCCACUCGCACCGACGACACUCCCCACCUCCGACUCACCACCAUCGUAUCAUGUCCCUCCGGCGGAGGAGCCGGAGUCCAAAAAGUGAUGAAAGAAAUUGGAAGUCGAAUGGAGAAAUUCGCUAGACUAAUGGGAGUGCCGUUCAAGUUCAACAUAAUAUACCAUGAGGGUGAUCUUUCCGGACUUAACCUAGGUCAACUUGAUUUAAAAGACGACGAAGCCCUAGCUAUCAAUUGCGUAGGGACUCUACGUUCUAUCCCAACAAUAGGUAACCGUCGGGAUUCUAUCGUAUCGAUGUUUCGUAACCUGAAUCCAAGGGUGGUAACGGUUGUCGAAGAGGAAGCCGAUCUUAACGUAGGGAUCGACGGAUACGAAUUCGUUAAGGGUUUCGAGGAAUGCUUAAAAUGGUUUAGGGUUUACUUCGAUACAUUAGAAGAUAGCUUUUCAAAGACAUGUAACGAAAGGCUGAUGCUAGAGAGGGAGGCAGGAAGAGCUAUCAUCGACCUGGUCGCAUGUCCACCGUCGGAUUCAACUGAACGGAGGGAGACGGCGGAGCGAUGGUCGAGAAGGUUUCACGGUGAAGGGUUUGGAGUGGUUUCAUUCAGCGAUGAGGUGAAUGAUGACGUUAGGGCUUUGUUAAGGCGAUAUAAAGAGGGAUGGUCGAUGGUUCAGUGCGAUCCGGGAAGCGCCGCCGCCGGAAUAUUCUUGACGUGGAAAGAACAGCCGGUGGUAUGGGCAAGUGCGUGGAAACCUUAAGGAUGUUUAAAGUUGGUUUCUUUGAUUGGUGGUGGUGGGGUACAAGUGUGAAGGAGUUUUCCGACACGUGGCGAUGGAUUUGUUUUGUUUGAAAGAAAAAGAGCAUGCAUAUAGUUUGCUUUUAAGUUACAAAGUAAUUUUAUUUAUUUAGAUUUGAUUUGAUUACAUGAAUUAAUGGGAGUAAAAAAUAAAUAUCCAUAAUUCUCACUCUAGCUAGAAGCUAGGGUUAGCAUUUUCUUAUUGUUUUGGGUAUUUAUGCAACUUACAUGAAUUUGAUUUUUAAUUGCUUGUU